AUGGAAGACGCAAAAAGUGAAAAAUCAGUGACAAUGGAGGAGCAGGCGCCCCAGGAUUCGUCUUCGUGGGGUGAAUGGACCAUAAUUCACGAUGACAGGCAGAAAAAUACUGACAAUACGGUUCUAGACCCUCCGGAAGCGAAACCCACGGCCACUGGAGAGGACGAUGAACAGGAAGAGUGUCACGUCGUCGAGGAAGCACGUGAGGUGAUUGAGGAGAUAGACCCAGCCAGUUUGGAGUCUUCUGAUGUACCUGCAUCUCCACGUGAAGAACAUUCUGAUGGAAUUUCUGUCAUCACUGACAGCGAUGAGAUUAGGCGAGAGGCUUUGAAAAUCGUUCGGCCUGUUGAACAAACAAUUCCAAGGUUCGGUCUUCACGCGAAUUUCAUCGCAGCGUGUUGUCUGGCUGUUGCUAUUGGAUUUGGUAUUGGCUGCGUCGUUGGCACAGGAAAGACACAGCUUCCAUCGCCCUCCAUUCAAGUGCCACCGAGACCGUCUUUCCCACGACUCGAAGAGUCACAUGUUGAUGUACCGGGGGAUGUGUCCAUCAGCAUUGAAUCCGAGCCAUAUAACCCCACCCUGAGUGCCCCAAACAUACCAGAUCCAGAGUCCAAACGACACGAUCUGUUACAGGACUUGGGGAAUGCAAAAGACCAUAAUCUUCAGGCUGGAAAAUUCGAGCAGAUUCCCAAGUUUAAGAACUCUCUUCAGAAACUAAAAUUAUCCUUAGAUACGCUAUGUUCGCUGAUAAACAAAAAUCAGCGAACGAAUUACGAGAACAUCUGCACCAAAAAUUCCAAAAUUUUUGAGGUCAUCGAGCUGAAGGACACGGUUGAGUACAUUGUCAACGAGUUCGGCUACAGGGAGGACGUCUCGAUGAAGAAAUUCAUCGAGGGAAUGGACUCGAAGAUCGAGACGAUGGUGACGUCGUUCCUGGAUCGCUUUUCGAAGAUUGUGGAGAAGAUGCGGGGGAAGCUCUAUCAGAGAAUUUGCCUGAUCAGAAAUACGUACGACAAGGAAGCCAAGAUCCAGGAAAUUCUGGAUCAGAGAUCAAUAUCUCUAGAGAACUGCAACCAUUCGUCGCCCAAAGCCCCGAAUCCGGAGAAGAAGAGGAGAAUGAGCAAGAGGGAGGAGCGAGGAGUUGAUGACGGAAUUCCGGAGGAAAUGAGCGAACUGGAGUCCUGGGAAAUUGGGGAGGAGAGCACCGAAGCUCAUGAGAGUAAGAAAAAUAAGGGGAAGAAACAGGAGGCCCAGGAGGCUCCACAAAAGAGGCAGCACGGCUCCAGCAAAGAGGGUUCGAGUGAUAAUUCAAAGAACAAAAAUAAUUUCCAAAAAUUUAAGCCAAGGGAAGAGUCCAAUGAGAAUUCAAACGAGCAGAAGAAUUUUAAGGAGUUUAAAUUUAAUUAUCGCGAGUCCAACGACGACUUUAGGAAAUUAAAACCUCAUUAUCGAGAGUCAAGUGGAUAUUCAAAGGAGCAAAAGGAUUUCCAUUCGUCGGAAGAAAGGAAUAAUCCGUCAAAGUUGAAGAAGAAGUACUCUACACAGUGGGGAGGGUCUAACGAAAAUUCUUCGGAGGAAAAUGUUCCUUCGGAGCAGCAAAAGGAAAAUAAAAAUGGAAAUAGGAAUGAUUUCAAGCCUUUGAAGAAAUAUGGAACGUCCAAGGGUGAGCCAAAGGAGAAUUUUGUGGAGAAGAAACAUGGAAAUAAUUACGAAUCUCUUAAUGAACAUGAGAACAGAGCAACAGGACAGAAUGAGAAGGUCUGUUACUCGAAGAAGUGCUCGAAACCCUACGAUACUGACGAGAAAUAUUCUCGAAAGGGAAAUGGGAAGAAUGGACAGUGGCAAUUCGAAAGGGCUCAAGGCAGAAGGAAAUAUCGUUCUGACGAGGAUGACGGACACGGGGUGUGGUACGACGACCGUGCGAAGGGUCGAGAACGCGCAAGACAUGGAUUCUAACGACUAUUAUACAUAAACAAAAAUUCCUCUCACGAUUUUUAAUUAAUUUGAGAUUCCAAAAAAAACGAUUAAAUCCGCACGUUUCAAUAAAAGAUUUUCAGAAAAUCUUGGACUGGAAUCUGCAGAUUAUAAAUUUAAAAAAUCGAUUUCUUCACUUGAAAAUCUCAAAUUCAUGAAUUCUAGGGUAGGAUGAGAAAUCUCAAAAUGAACGUUUUCUUAGUGGUGUAAUUUUCUUUUAUAUCUAACGUAUAUUGCUAAAGUUUUCUGAAAUGUGGGCGGAAAGUAUUUUUUUUUCUCUCUAAUACUUAAGCUGUGGAGAUUGGAUCUCUGUAUUUUAGAGAGUGGUAGGGUCAUUGAGGACUUGAUUUUUACCAAAUUGACUGGCUGUACUGUCGACAAUAGCGACGAGUGAUAUUGAGUAUUCAAAUAAAGAUGUGGUAUCUCUUAGUUA